UAUAGUCCACCUCCUCCAGCUCACCCAUCCGCUUAUCAUCCCAUCCCUCAAGGAUCAAGUACUAGUUUCACUAAUUUGUUAUCCUUAAACGCAGAUCGCACGCCUGAUCGCAGCACCUGGAAGUGGAGUCUCCACUCGGGCAGCAACUCCACGCCAACGUACUUGGAACGCCGAAAUGCCUGUCGGCGGAGUGAGAUCCGCCAGCGCAACUCCAAGUUCAAGCGGAAGACGGUGACCAAUUCCAGCUCAUUUGACAGCUUCAACGAGUCCCUGGAAACGGCGGAGGAGGACUCCCCGCAGGCCAAGCCCACAAAACCACUGGCCAGGAACAAUAGUUUGGAUGACACGGCGCUGCAGAAGCUGGCGGCUGCCAUGAGAUAUCGGAAGCGAGAUCCUGGCAUCAAGGAGGAGUCCAAGUCACCGGUGAAGAGUCCAUGCAAGUGCGAUUCUGGGGCCAAGACGGAUCAGGACGGCUGUGCCUGUAUCCUGCGGGACCAGCGCAGUCGCAGUGCCAAGUCGCACUCGCCGGUCUUCAGCUACAAGGCGCUCAAGGAGCGCAGCAAGUCAGUGCCCCGCAUCGGAGGCUUCAGUCUGGACGAGGAGGAGCAGGACGAGGACAGUGCCGCCUCCUUGCGCGGCAGCAAGCCCGAUCUCAGCGAGCGCAAGACCAAGGGCAAGGGCUUCUUCGAGGUGAAGCAGUACAACCACAAGACGAUGCCCAAGAGGAUAGCCACCAUCAAGAAGCAGCGGAGCAGCACCAACACCAAGAGCCUCUCCAAGUUCUACAUGGAUCUCAGUGAGUUCGACAGCAGCAGCUCCACGGUGCUCAAGAUAACCGAGUCCACGGAGGAACUCCGCCCAGAAGAGGAAGUGGAACUGGCCCAGGAGGCCUCUACCCUGGAUGAUGUGCCCAGGACUGAGUUUGGUGAACAGGAUCCGGAGACGGAGCUGCUUUCGCCUGCCGAGAAGUCGAAAAGGGAUGCCCAAAUAGUCCUGGACUUGCUUAAGAAUAACAAGGAGUUCGAAAGGAUAUACAAUAAGACGCAAAAGAGGCGCGAAAGUCCUGUGAGUCCUGUGCAGGACCUGAGUCGGCCGCCAGCAUUUGUUCCCCCUCCGAGACCGCCUUCAAGAUCUCCACCGCCCCUGGAAUCGGAUGACCAGGCCAACCGAAGAGUCGAGGACUCCGUGGACUCUGUGCAGGAUGAACCCAUCUAUGAGACUCUGCUGCGUAAUGUCCAUGUCCCUUACAAGUUCUCGCCAGUCCUUGGACGUGCCAAGUCCUCCCAGUUGCUGAAGAAACGAUCGAAGACCACGCCCACUGCCCCCAGGCCGGAGUCGGACUACGUAACCUUGGUGUACUCUCCGGAGGGAGUUCUCCAGCGUGUAGGCGAGGACGCAGUGCAGCGGGAUAGUUGCAGCUCCUCCGGCACAUCCACUUCCUCCACUGGAUCUGGUUCGACUCUGAAACGAGACAGCCAGAGCACUGUGAUCAACAUGUCCCUGGAGGGAUCGGGAAAGAGUCUAGUUACCGGGUCGGAGAGCUCUCUGCUGCCGCGAGCUCUGAAGUCCUUGGACAUGUCCUUUGGUCGAUCCAACCGUCCACCGGAGCGCAGAGUUUCCGAUGUGAGCGAAAUGUGCCGGCAGAGCGUUUUGCAUCGCCAGGGAAGCGAGGCUUUGGGCGAGCGGAUGGCCCACGUGGAUUAUGCUGAUCCCAAGGCCCUAUUUGGUGUCCUGGGGGUCCUGUCAGCUCAUUCCGAGCGGGACUCAUUCUUCUCGCUGACUUCUUCUUCCAGCGACAGCAUGUGCGAGCACCAAAGGAAGCAGAAGUCCAACGGGGAGAAAUCAUCCUCCUCCUCCACGGGAGGAACUUUUGAGUAUGAGCAGCAGGUGGAGGACAGUCUGGAGAACGAUUUCCGGGACUCGGCCAUCUACAGCGAUGACAACGACAAGCGGUCCGGGGAGUAUGACCUGCACCUGCGACGACCCAGCAGUCCUCCUCCGCCUCCACCUCUCGGGCCACGUCCUGCUCCGGAAAUCGCCCCAAAGCCGCCCAAGGAUUUUGUCAGCCAACAGUCCCGUCCCGGAGUCAUCGUCUGCCAGUCGGCCUCCAGGAGCUGGGUGCUCCAGCAGAUCGAGAACUUUAACAAGUAGAUGAUAUGCCCAUUUUUCCUAGAGUUUGGAGCCAGUUCGGAUCACGCCAUAAACACAAUUCCUUUGUAAUAUGUACUGUAAAUAUUUUAAAGAGCACACUUCUUAUGCAAUGCUAAUAUUAGAUACAAUUAGUCGACUGUUUUAUAUUUAGAGUCAUUUUAAUAAAAUUUAUAAUCAAUUAAA